AAAGAAACUCAUCAAAGUGUGAUCUUUGUUGUGUUGUGUAAAAUCCAAAGUUUUCCCAAUUUCCUACAUGGUAUUUUAUGUGCUGCUUUUCCAAGAUUAGCUAGUUUAAGGAAUGAAGGAAACUCUCCUUACGGCUGAAUGGAUAAUCGAAAGUACUUCAAUCAGGAAGGCAAGGAGGCGAAAAACUUUUACCACCUGUCGGAUGGUGGUGAAUCUCUGAGAAGUCCCCCAAAGAGACCUCCGAUUGGCGUAAGACCACGCUGUUUACAGUCACAUGUGUCGCAACGCCAAAAAUCAUUAACCAAAUCGGGACCCCGUGUGCGAAGUGCCUCAACAGGACGUGAUAAAAAGUCUGAACUACAGGCACGGUACUGGGCUUUUUUGUUCGGCAACUUAGAGCGAUCGGUUAAUGAAAUUUAUCUAACGGUCGAAUGCUACGAGAAUUUAUCAUCAUGUAAGGAAGCAAUUUUGGUGCUGGAAAAUUACAUUAGAGAUUUCAAAGCUCUUGCCGAAUGGUUUAAAGUGUCCUGGGAUUAUGAGGCUACUCCGUUACCGCAACGCCCCCAUUCGUUGGCUUGGGAAGUGCGCAAAAGUAAUCCCGUUCCGAGAGUCCGCAAGCAACUCUCGAGUCCAGGAAUGUCAGGCAAAUCUAGUCCAAGCUUUUCUGGCAAAAACAGUCCCUGUCCUGUGGCGGAAGAAUCGGGACGGAUAAGUUCCCCGAAGAAACCUCAUUCAUCUACAGAGAGUCUCAGUAAAAAAGGAAGCACAACAAAACUAUCCCGCCACGAAACGAAGGAAACUUCGGGACCGUCUGAAGAAACAGUCACUACAGUUUACGACAACGGAGGUAUCGAAACGUACGUGCUCAAGCUCGAUCAGUACACCCAAACCAAUUUGGAAGAUGAAAACCUUACACUGGCAGAGUAUUUGGAGAAAUAUGACAAACAACAUUGCAAUGGAACGGCUGUGGGUGAGGCCGAAGAGGGGAAAAAUCCACCAAUAGAGGGUAAUGUGACCAACGAUGUCGUUGUGGACGAAAAAAAGCAGAGUCUCACUGGCGAUCCAAAAAGCGAGCAGGUUGGAUCCAGAGGCUCGUCAAAGAAUGUUUCCGUAGUAAACAUGUCUGCAGCACUGAAACCAACUUCACAGCGUGUGGGAUCGCACGCGAAAACGUUCACGGUACCGAAAACAGUUGCAGCUCGCGGGAACGUCGUUCGUCCACCGGUCCAAACGGGAUUGGUUCGCAAAUCGGCCACGGUUACCAGUAUGUCCCAAUCAAGCGCUAAAAUAGCUGCAAAUUUGCCAGUCAAAAGUGCCACAGUGUCCAGCAUAUUGUCGAACAAUUCCUUGGCAAGGAAUAAAAACGGUAUCAAACAACCCUAUGCUUUGAAGCCUUGCUCAGUGUCGAGAACGCAGCCGGGAAGUAAUGCGUCGGCAGGGAUUGCAUCAAAACUAGCAGUUCGCUCAAAAACGAUGAUAGAAGUUACGUGUAACGGCCGAAUGAAUCGCGCUUUUGCUUUUACAAACAAGGCACGGGACGAUUUAAAGGGACGCUCAGCGACGAAACUUUCGUUCGAAGCGAACCGAUCGAAAGAAGACGUUUAUAGUUCUAGCUCAACGUUAAAAGCUUCCACUGAUCGGUUAGGUUCACGGAAUUCGAUUGCUAGUGGCCAUACAGUGAAGCCAGCAUUACCGGCCCCAGCGAAAGGUAGUGAUCGUCGCUCGGAACCAAAAUCUUUACCAUCGAACGAUACGACCAAUAACGAUGGUUGGUAUACGGUUAAAACGAAACGUCGAUCUAGUUUGCUUUGGGCGACUCGAUUCAAUCAGCCCACCGGUUAUGCAAGCUUACCUACGCUGGCACUGUUGGAUGAAAACGCCAAUAAUGACAUCACAGAGGUGGAAAAACCCGAUUCACAGACCCCAAAACAAAACGCGAAAAUAAACGAACUGGGCAAUGAAAUCAAUCAUACGCAACGGUCAUCAAAGCGUGCGAUGGAAAAGUCAUCCAAACCUGCCUUACCAACUAGGGGCGGCACUGUAUCGUCGAGGUGCAAUGGACCGUCGGCACUUUCGACUUAUACGUCUUCGAAAAUUGUGAAACCACCUGCCACGACUCAGCAUCAAAAACCAAACUCUCCCCAAACGACAAGCGCGGGAACCAAAACACAACAGCUAAUGGUGUCUACGAGUCGUGUAUCUGUUUCGAGGCAAAAAUCCGAUUUAACUGGGUUAAAGUUGAAAACAUUACACAAAGAGUUUUUACGUAGUGAAAAAUUAAAAUCCAAAAACUCCGAUCUACAAGAGCCUGUGCCGAAUGAUGAUGUCCAGCCGGUGAAUGAUAACGUUCGUUUCAGUGCGCAAUGUUUAGAUUCAGCUAUUUCGGAUGGAGAUAGUCUUGGCCAUCUAAACAUGGUUGAUAUGAAUAUUCAGACGAACAUAAAUACUACAGCUAUCGACAGCUUGUAUGCGAGUUGUUUCGGCGAAUCUGCCGAGUUGAUGUAUGGCGCGAAGAAAGCUGUCCCUCAUUAUGUCGAUAUUACCAAUAGUCAGUGUACCAGUGAUGAUCAAGAAGAACAGGAACGUGAUGAUAUGGAAAGUGAUGAAGACCAGCGGAAGCUGUUAGAGGAGCAGGAAAGCUUAGAAGCUCAAAUACGGGAACUGGAAAAUACAGAAAUUGACUUCGACACUGAAACCGAUGAGACCGAUUGUGAGGCGAUUAUAGACUUCGAGGACACAGAUACUACCGUUGAAAGUGGUACGGAGCGUUCAAAUGAUUGUACGGCUAUGGGUGGCGAGAACGAUGAAGAAAUCACACUGGAAGCGCGCUACGAACACGUGCUAGCGGGCAUGAAUUGGAUUGACCGAGCCCGAACGCUCGACACACUCAAGGCUAUCGUCGCACGCCAUCCUGGUCGUGCUCAGCAGUUGCACGCCAAGCUGUCAAGCCCCUCCCGGAGGCGCUCAUUGCACGAAACGUUGAAAAAGUAUCAAGCCAAACAAGCGCGAGCGUUGGAAAAGCGGCAAGCUUUGCAGAAAGAAAAGGCACUAAAAAUUCAGCAUUUACUAGCACGCGUGGAAGAUGUGAAAGCUGCCAAACAUUGUUUGAUAGAAAAGAAACGGCUUCGGAUGGAGGAAAGACUGCAAAGGGCGGCUGAAAAUCGGACGCAGUAUCUAAAGGAUAAAAUUAAAAAGGCACACGACGAGGAGGAAAAGCUGAGGGAGAUUGCGUUUAUUAAAAACCUAGAGGCGCAAAACAAGCGACUCGAUUUCCUGGAAUCCUGCAAGGAGCAAGAAGUGCGGUUGCAGGACCUAGAAACGGAGCGACAGAAACGGGCGGAGGAAAAAGCAGCGAAAGAAGCGGCAGUCGAGCGACGUCGGCAGGAGAUCGAACAGGAGCGUCAAAAGAAGCUGCAGCAGAUGAGUGAAAAUCGUCGUGAGCGUGAGAAGCGGGUAGGAAAAAUGCAGGAACAGAAAGAACGGCAGCGCCAAGCAUUGGCACGUGAGAAGGCACGUGACCGGGAGGAGCGUUUGCUGGCACUGCAACAACAGAAGCUGGCAACGGCAGAAGAAUUGCAAAGAAAGAUCAUUCAGAAGCAACAGGAGUCGGCCCGCCGACAUGAAGAAAACAUUGAACAAAUUCGUCAACGAGCAGUUGAGCUAGCGACCAUCCCUAGUCGCAGCGCGGACGAACUGAGAAAUGAUGAGCAGGACGAAGAAAAUUCCAGUAUAAGCGAAAAAGAUAGUGUGCACGACAGUGGAUCGAACUUAUUGCCCAAAAUUAACAAGAAACGAGUGAAAAAGUUGCGUCAAAAGUUGGCAACGAUGGCAGAAGAAUAUCUUAACGAACUUAAUCCUUUGGCUCCGUCGAUACGCAAACAGAGCCAGGUGCCUCGUUUGUUAAGCACUAUCGCAAAAGGCGGUAGCGGUGUGCUGGGUGUAGAACGGCCGAUCGGUCAACUUUUACGGUUGAUAGCUAAAGCAGAGGUGUCCGAUUUUCAGUCAUUGUGGCUGUUGGAUGGUUUAAGUACGAUUGCAACCGUAAUAGAAAAUGGGCUAACUCCUGGUACGGAUGUGUCAAAAAAGGCUGUAGUUCUUUCGGUGCAAUUGUAUCGAAAUGCAUGCACACUGUGUCCCCAAAUUUCUCGUCACGCUGUAUUGGGAGGUUCUGUAUUGGUGCUACUAAAUGCUUUGCUAAUUUCACUUAAGACGCCAGAAGAAAAGAAUUGCCUUUUUCCGGUGGAGCUGUCUACAGAGCUUAUACUGGCUUGUACCGUCGCUCUUUUACCUACAAGUCCUUCGACGAAGCAAGUGACCCAUCCGAAGGUUGCGGAACGGCUGCCAGAUCUUUUGAGCUAUAUCGUAAGCAUUGGAUUAGUGGAGAGUUUGGUGCGACGAAUCGACAAGGUACAUGAGUCUAUUGAAAAUCAAACUAGUCUUGUGCUUUCGCUGCUGGCCUCUUUGGGACUGCUGACAAAGUUGGUUGAAAUAUGUCCAAAAGGUCCUGACAUUACCAAACUUAUGCUGACGGCCCAGACAACAGAAAUGUUUGGAACAAUUUCUCUACUCUAUGCUGCGGUUGUACCCAUUGGUGAAAGCAUUCCUCCCAGAACGACUUCCUUGGCGGCGGCUACUUUUAAUCUUCUGGUGACCUUUGCCAACCUGAACGUGGAAGCGUUUCAGGCAGUAUUAAUAGAGCAAAAUCUCUCACUAAAGUUCCUCGAUGUCAUCAGUAUACUAUUGCAGUACUGUGUCCCAAAAGCGGACGUAAAAAGUGAAACACAGACUGUGAUAAUCGACUUAAUAGCAACACUAGGUUUCUUCUGUGCCAACAAUAAAAUCAAUCAGGAUUUAUUAACAUCCGAUCAGUACAUGUGUGUAAUUAAGAAUUUCGCCAAGCUACCCAAGCAAUUUGACGUGAUAACAUAUCCGACAUUGGUCACAAUAAUCCAUGACAACCCCAGUGCCAGAGUCGUUGUCGGCCGAGAUUUCAACGUUGAGCUGCUGGAGGAGUUUAGACGAUCAGAUAUGGCAAAGAAGAAUCGCAUUGUAUCUCUUCUGGUAUAGGGGGAGCUUCAAAACAGAUCUGCAAGAGUAUGCAAGAGCACCGAAAGUGAAGGAGAAGGAAUUUU